GGCCUGGCGCUUGCACGGUGCUACAAUCUCUCGCCUCGCCUCAUUCGUGGUGCAAAUGUCGAACCGAAGUGACUGCCUGAUAGAGCGCUUUGGCUCGUUGGCCGUCUUUCGUCCGUCCGUAUAGGUUUGUCGUCGCUGUCGUGUCCGUCGCCGAAAAAAACGUACAAAACUCGGGCAGAAGUGCAGUUAUUGUGAUUAUUCGUGCAGUUGUAGUGAAACUGAGUGCGGAGGCGUGUGAAAUGAGUGUAGAAUUGAGAAUUCUGAAGGUGAAAAAGUGAAAACACGACCUGAUUUCACCCCAGUGAGCUACACCGUGUCGAAAGAAUAAGAAGAUCGCAGUCCAUCCUGGGUCCGUUCGUUCAAUGAGGUGUGUAGUGUUAUUUUUCCAACCCAAUCUAACCGAACGCAUACCAGUGCGAGUUUGUGAAAGAAGAGCAGGUUUUUGGGCAUUUGUUCGCUGGUGUGUGUGUUUGCGCGACUCACCUGUCAACUUUCUAAGCCCAGCAAAACAGUAAACAACAACAACCACCGCCACUUCGGAGAGUGUUUGCCGAUAUUGCACGCCUUCGUUGUCGUCGUCGUCGUCAUCCGGAAUAUUGCCGUGGAUGACAGCGCUGUCAUAAGGAGUAAUAGUUUCUGGAAGCCGCUGCUGAAGUGCCGACUGCGUAGAUGAAUGAAUGAAAUUCCUCCUGUCGGACGGUUGAGACCGUCAAGUCUUGGCGAGUAAAAUCUCCCGGUGGCAGCAUCAUCAGAGGAGCGACCAUAAGAGCACAUCAGUCGCCUGGUGAUUGGCACUUCAUUAAUUCUAAGUGAGUGUGGAAAAGCGGUUUUCCGAGCCGAGCGGGGCGAUGCAGCUGUUGAAGAGGGGGGCAAUGUGAUGAGUGAAAAGCGUGUUGUUUUUUUUUUCGAUUGCAGCACUAUCAGUCUAAUGGAAGUGGAGUUUGAUGGUAAUCCUAUAGUGGAAAAAUUGUGCGAUACUAAAACGAAGCUCGAAGAAGAAGCAAACACAGUAGCUAUAGUGGAGAUUAUCAAUGUUGUGCUGGGAAACAGUGGUCAAUGACAGGGAGUGGAGUUUUCGAUGAAGCAGAUCAAUGUUAGAUUGAUUGAAACAGCCUAAGGGGGAUAAAGGCGUUAGUGGAAAGUGAUAUCAGUCGCAGCUAGCAAAAUGCAUGAUUUAUUUACGACGGUUCUCUCGAAACGAGACCUCUCGCGUGCAGGGGAGCUGUUUUCGGUGGCGGAUUUGGAGAUAGUGAAUGAUCUCAGUGAAGUGCUUGAGGAAAUAUCGUCCAUCAUCAGUCACGAAGAUUACCUGCAGAACAGUAACGACCAAUCGGUGAUAGAAAUCUGUAUCAAUCGCGUUACGUCAUGCAUCAAAAAGACCAACACCAUCGAGAAGCACUGUUCCGGUUUGGUGGGCCUACUGGAAACCUGCCUCAAGUAUAACCUUCAACCGUCUAAAAAAGAAGCGGAUCCACCACACGCCAAAAUAUCGUCCGAUAUUAUUUCCAGUAUUUUUCUUAAUUACAACAAAAAGCAUGUGAUGGAAGUAACACUGCCCGUAGCCGUCAAAUUUCUGAACAAAGGUAACCUGGAGCUGUCUCGCAACUUGGCCAGUUAUCUAUCGUCGGCAGCCAUCGAGUAUUCGUACUUGCUAUCGCCACAUGUAAAGCUCAUUUUGGAAUCACUGCUAAACGGAAACUAUGGCCUGUGCCACGUGCUGUCGCAAAUCUACGAUGCUGCCCCAGAACCCAUCAAUGCCGAAGCGAAACGUUUCGUUGAAAUCAUUCCCAAAUGUGAGCUCCAAGAGCAGAUUGUGAUCCUGCAACUAUUGGUAGCCGUAGCCAAGAGUAAACCCUCAUCACUGCUAGACAGCAUUCCACAGCUGUUUGACCUUGCCCAAAAACCUUCCAUCUCGACGGCCGUAAUGUUGGUCAUCCUGAAACUAGCCGAGUACAAACCAAUCAAAAUGAGUGAAUACACCGACUCGGUGCGAAACGUUGCUCAAACGGUACCUCAAACAGUGGGAUUUGCAGCGCAAAUCCUCUCAGCCAUUGGUAAAUCCAGCAAAGAUCGAGCGCAGGUCGCUUUAGAUUUUGUCCUGGAGUAUCUGCCAAAGGCGGAUCGAGCUUUACAGACGAUACUGCUUAACGAAGCGACCAAGCUCUGCACCAAAUAUCCCGUCCUGUUCACUGACAAAGUCACAUCGGUGGUUCGUCAGCGCCGUCUGAACAACGGCAAUCAAAUCAAACAGACUCCCGGUGGAGUAACCAUCGUCAAUCUGAACUCUUCAGCAACGCUUCCGGUGACUACGACGGCAUCCGUUACGACGCCACCGGUAAUGCUCGAUACUCGACCGAUUGUUUCCAAGACUCCGAAUGUGGCCGUCAUAAGCAAUAGUGGUGCCACGACUGCUAAUACUACGAUUAUCAAUACGUCCAAUGGGACAACCACGACUUCUGCUAUUCAUCCGGCCCUAUUGACGAACUUCAUGAACUCUGCCAACGGAAUACCGGCGGUUGUCAAUGGAGGUCCUAUGGUUCCACCGACGCCUCCGCACACUGGAUACACACGGCGGGCCAAAUUGGGAGAUUCACGAAGUACUGGACGGUUGCAUGCUGGAGGUGGAGGAAAUAAGAGCAUGACUCGACUGAACAUUGCUGGCGGAUCGGUGGGUGGGUUGCACAAGUCGAUGACUCGACUAAGUUCAUCGCAGCUGCUGGGGCAGUACAAUGGAGAUGAUCCCGGAAAGCAACACAGGCAAGCGGGAAUAGAAGUUAGUGGAGUCAUUGGUGCAAUCGGUGGCGGCGGAAUCGACGGAAGCAGCGCAGGCGGUGGUUCUAACUCGAACAGCAAUAUCCUGAACAGUCAUUCCAGUGGAAACGUCUUUGCCAACAAGAACAACAGUACGCAAAACUUCGCCUCGCCUGUACCGCCUCCACUUAGUCAACACGUGAUGAUCACCGGCGAGAACAAGUGGGGCAUUCCGCAGACGAAGAUCACCUCGGGCGGUGUAACGGUAACGACGUCUCCAACCCGAGCACAGCGACCUUACUCGCAAGGCCCCAAUACGUUGAUGGGAUCGGCGGGAGCUUUGGGGAAGAACUCGUUGGGAGGACUGAACCAAUCAACUGGCUCGAUUGGGAUGGUUCAGGUGCAUCACGCUUCUCCGGCUUCGCCAACCAUGUUCAACAACCAUUCCCAGCAGACAUCACCCCAACUGACGACUCUGUCGCUCAACUCGAACGAAGAUGCAAACAACCAGGUGAGCGUCUCCGGACCGGCCACUGUUACCUCGAGGCGGAACGACAAUCGCAGUGUGACUCUGUUGAAUGCAAGCAGCGCUGUGAAUCAGCGGAUGAGCGUUUUCGAACCGUAUCCUAUGCGGGACACAAUUCAGCACUUCUGCGAGAAGCAUCUGGAUAAGAUUAAAGCGUUCACUGAGAGUGUAGCCCAGCGAUUGCCACCACCGGCCAAGUGUAUCAUCGAAGAACGGCGAGCGAAGAAGAUGGCCAAGUUGCACUUUGCGUGUCAAGUCCGGGGUCCGCAUUGUCUCUACUCGCGAACAAUGUUCACCAUGCGAACUCGAAACCCUCGGACGUGGAUCCAUCUGAUGUUCCUGGACCUACAAGCACGUGCACCACAGAACGCCCUCAGCAGUUGGGACCCAAGCGUGAGUCGGCUGAAGCACUGUUGGGAUACAUUGAAGUGCGAGAACAAGACUUUUAUAACGCUAGUCACCAGUGCGUUUCCGAACGUCAAGGAACAGGAAGCACUGAUCAACGAGCUGCGCAAUGCGGGAUUUUUCGAUGUGUUCGAACUGGGAGCGGCUAGCACUCCUGAAGGAACCAGUAGUGAGGAUUUGCACUUUCAGUGGGGCUGUUUUCUGUGUAAUCACCCGGAGAAAGCGAUGGGAUUCCUGCACGGAAACACCCAGCCCGUUAUCGAGGGACAACUCAAGGAAAAGAAAGGCAAGUGGCGAUUGUUUCGGCGGUGGCGCACGCGGUAUUUCACUCUGUCCGGGGCGCACCUUUCAUGCAAGGGUUCGACCGGUGGGGAAAGCAUAGAUGUUAAUCAGAUCCGAUCGGUCAAAGUGUCCCGAGGGGCAAGAAACAUCCCGAAGGCGUUUGAAAUCUUCACCGGCGACCAGACGCUGAUUCUGAAACCAAAAGAUGGGAACAAGGCUGAGGAAUGGGUUCAGUGUUUGAGCAUUGUGCUGGCACACUCACAGGCACGCGAUAGUCCAACGACUCGUACCAAUAGUCUUCCUGCCCGCAGCCUCGGUAACAGCCGAAACGUUUUCUGAGACACAUAUCACAUCCACUCUUAAUCUUACACGUAAUACACAUCAAACUACAAAGCAAUGCGAGAAUCAUGAAAAAAAGACUUCAAAAGAGAUGAAAAGUAAUAUGAGAAACAAAAUAUCAUGUACUUAAUGCCAACAUUUCCUUCCAAUAACUUUACCUUUAGAACGUUAAGCGUACCGAAUGAUCCGCAACAACCGAGUUGUUACUUAAUUUAUCGACAAUCGAAAGCAGAAGAAAAAAAAACACUGUAUUUUAACUAGCCAUGUAAGUUACAGACGAGAAUCAAAACCACGCCAAGCAAAACUCAAUGUGUCAAUUUAAAAUUGAUUUCAGUGGAGCGCAAAUCAUGUGCUUCGAAUCCACAGAUCUAGGAACAUGCUUCAAACUCGAGGUCUAUAUUUAUUGCCAACAUUUUCGAAGAACUAUGUACUAGCCCACAAUACACACAGAUAUUCGUGCGAAGCAGCUCUGCCGUCUCUAUUGACUAGUUUGUAAGUGAAGCGCGAUUCAACAAGUCACAUAGCAAGACAGAAGGAUUACUAAAUUUUCUAUAACUAUAUUGUUUGUUAAGUUUUCGACUGUGUACUCCGUCUAUCAAAUAGUUCUUUUAUUAGCUUCAGAAAAGAAUGGAAAAUCGAAAAGUUUAAAUAUGACCUAAUGCCGCCAAACGGCAACAGAUUAGAUUAUUUACUACUUAGGAUUUAUUUAUUGAAUUAUGCAAAUGAAGAUGUUCAAUCGUAA